CGAUGCUCUGGUUCGCUUGGUUCUCAUACCCCUCGAAGCGUCAGCUCAGAGAGAUUUCUCUUUGGCCCAAGGUUCAAAAUGGCGCAGUUGAGUUAUGUACGUGUCGUGGUGGAGAAAAAUGAUAGUGAGGAACGGACUGAGUUGCCGCUAACUCCUAAUGCCGAGAUUCUCAAAGUGAAUCCGGCUUUGCAUUCGUCUUCGGAGCACCGUAAGACAGUGACCAAGAAAAGGAAGAUGCAGCCAUUGCUCGAUGGUUACGGUAAACCCAAAGUGGAAGUGCGUGGCGCGCCGUCGCCGACUAGUUUGUUACCGGUGGGGAAGGCUGAUGAUGAGAAAGAUAGGGAUAGAAACCGAGAGAAGGGCAGUUGUAACACUAUCAAAAACUGUUCUGAACUUGAUGUGAGUCCGAAAUAUACACUGCCUACUCCUGCUCCUCGUCCCCUUCCCCCUGUUUACUCAUCGCUCUACCUUCACUCAAAAUCGAAUAAAUCUUCCAAGGAAAAGUACAACAACAGUAAAGAGAAGGAGAAGAAACACCGGGCCAAGAAAGAAAACGGCGACGUCAAGUUACUCCAGAAAGGUAUCAUUGAAAAAAGAAAACUUAGUACAGAAGAAUUCCAAUUUAAAAAGAUAAAAAAGAAAAAGAAAAAGAAACACAAGGAAACUGACAAACGGAAGCAGCCCAAAAUGUGCAGCAAAUCUAUUCAAACAAUUUGUUCAGGGCUCAUAUCAGAAAUGAAAGAGCAGAAGGAAACUUCAUUCGAAGAUGCGAAUAGGAUAGCCAUUUUGUACCAACAAGAUGGACUGUCUGGAUGUGUACCCUUGGAAAGCAGUCAACCUUCCCCUAAUUUGUGCAAGAAUUCUGGUGAUGAAAACAAGAAUUCAAGACUAGACUUGUUGGAAUUUAAAAAGUUUAUUCAUAUUGAAGACCAGCCUAAUGGAGGAGCUUCAGUGGUGCAUGCCUACAUGGAUGAGCUUUCUUCCCUAUCUCUUGCGGAGAUGGAUAAAUUUUCAGAGGAGUUUGUGAAUCUAACAUUCAGUGAAAAUAAUAACUCUGCAGCCUAUUACGUUAUGGGUAUUGUUCAUGGAGCUGCUGCAUACUUACCAGAUUUUCUUGAGUAUUUUGCUUAUAGCUUUCCAAGUGCACCAGUGAAGAUGGAAAUCUUAGGGAAAAAGGAUAUAGAGACAACUACCAUGUCAAACUUCAAUGCUCAGGUGAGGCGAACAUAUUCACAUGGUACAUACAGGGCUGGUCCAAUGCGACAAAUCAGCUUGGUAGGAGCUGUAGAUGAAGAAGUUGGGGACUACUUUCCAGAGUUCCUUGACAGAUUGGAAGAAUCUCCUUUUUUAAAGCGUACAUUGCCAUGGGGAUCACUUUCUAGUCUCAAACUGAAGUGCCGUAAAGAAAGCGAUGACGGCCCCAUUAUGUGGGUUCGUCCAGGAGAGCAGGUGAUCCCUAUAGCAGACAUGCCAAAAUCACCUUUUAAACGAAGACGAACUACCAAUGAAAUAAAAAAUUUACAGUAUCUACCUCGUGCAAGUGAGCCACGCGAAAUGCUGUUUGAGGAUAGGACUCGAGCCCAUGCGGAUCAUAUUGGACAGGGAUUUGAACGUCAGACUACAGCAGCUGUUGGAGUGUUGAAAGCUGUACAGUGUGGGGAUUGGUUUGAUCAACCCCGUAUAACCAAAGAUGUGAUUUGUUUUCAUUCAGAAGACUUCCUAGAGGUGGUGCAGAGGCUCCAGUUAGAUCUGCAUGAACCACCAUUAUCUCAGUGUGUUCAAUGGGUAGAUGAUGCAAAACUCAACCAGAUACGAAGAGAAGGUAUUCGCUAUGCGAGAAUUCAGCUAUAUGACAAUGACGUAUAUUUCAUUCCCCGGAAUGUUGUACACCAGUUCAAGACUGUCUCUGCAGUUUGCAGCUUGGCAUGGCAUGUCCGGUUGAGACAAUAUCAUCCAGAUGCAGGAGAACCAUGUGCUCAAGAAUGUGCUUUUGAAGGUCCAGAAAUGCCACCAGACACCAAGUGCCCUAUUAUCAAAUUGGAGACUGAUGACAAAAAACAGAGGGAUGAUAUCACCUCUGAAGAUGCAAGACAUCAAGAAGUAAAAAUAGAACUUAAUAUCACAGAACUCCCAAAAAUGGAGCCUGAAAGCACUGAAUCACAGUUUGUAAUAGAGUCAAAAGAUCUAGUGUGUUCAAACACCCAAACUGAACGUGGAGAUGAACAACAGCUACCUUCAGUAAAGCCAGAUUUGCAUGAGUAGCAACAGAACUUUUCUUACUGACAUCUGUGUAUAUUCUUUGGAGCUUUUAUUUUUUUUAAAUGUAUCUGAACAAUGGUGUGAUGUACAAUAUAUGUUCUUGCUUAUGUAAGUUCUAUGGGGCAAGCUUGUUACUGUUCUUAAGACUGUUACAUGGUAGGACAGAAAAGUACAUGUAGCUUUGUAACAUUCCUCAGUGCCUGUCCAUAACUGUGAAACUUAACAGCACUUAAGGGGCAGGUGCACUGUCAUACCACAGGUUAAAUGGGAAAAAUAAAAGGUUUUAAAAAUUACUUUUUUGUUUUUAGAUAAGUCAUGGGAAUAGAAGCAGAGUUGACCUCGGCAUAUACUUUUUUGUAAGCUGAGCCAAAUUUGUUUCCAAAUUCAAGCUUAUCCAUAGAGCUUAUGUCAACCUAGUUGCAAGUUUGAAUACUGGUAUUUGUGUCAACACAGUGUAAAUACAUUUUUAUUAUAAUUAUGUAGUUCAAUUUCAGACUAAAAUCUGAACCACUUAAUAAAGGUUCAGUGUACUUUAAUGUUUUUAUAUAUGUAAGUACCAAACGUAGUAGCCUUCGGCUAUUUUACAGUACAUUAUUUUAUUUCACCUAACGUAGAUGUGACAAAAUUUGUGUAACUGUGCAGACAAAUCAGAAUUUUCUCUCUUCUUUCUCUCCCAGGGGGAGGGGAGAAGGGAAAUGAGUGCAGAUGAUCAUAUUCUAGAUUUUAAAAUAAAGGUAUUCAUUAUGUGA